UGGUAUUGACGUCACGGAUGUGCCCCACGUGUGAAGAAGUUGCUUAAAGGAGCUGAGCGCGCUUUAUUUUUGUGAUCGUGGUGAGCAGUAUGAAGUAUAUACUGGUUACAGGUGGAGUCAUCUCUGGCAUUGGCAAAGGGGUCAUUGCCAGUAGCAUUGGGACCAUUUUGAAAUCAAGCAACCUACAUGUCACUUCAAUCAAAAUUGACCCCUACAUCAAUAUUGAUGCAGGGACCUUCUCCCCAUAUGAACAUGGGGAAGUAUUUGUGCUGGAUGAUGGAGGCGAAGUGGAUCUUGACCUUGGCAAUUAUGAACGGUUUCUAGACAUUCGGUUAACAAAAGAUAAUAAUUUAACAACAGGAAAGAUCUACCAGUCUGUGAUUAAUAAGGAGAGAAAGGGUGAUUACCUUGGAAAAACUGUUCAAGUUGUUCCUCACAUCACAGAUGCAAUUCAAGAGUGGGUUAUGAGACAAGCUCUUAUUCCGGUGGACGAAGAUGGUAUAGAACCAGAAGUCUGUGUGAUAGAGCUUGGGGGCACUGUAGGAGAUAUAGAGAGCAUGCCAUUUGUGGAAGCAUUUCGUCAGUUCCAGUUCAAAGUUCGCAGAGAAAACUUUUGCAAUAUUCAUGUCAGCCUUGUACCACAGCCUAGUGCUACUGGGGAGCAGAAAACCAAACCUACACAGAACAGCGUGCGGGAACUCCGUGGACUGGGCCUAUCUCCAGAUCUGGUGGUGUGUAGGUGUUCCACUCCACUAGACACUUCGGUUAAGGAGAAAAUAUCAAUGUUCUGUCAUGUAGAGCCACAGCAGGUUAUCUGUGUUCAUGAUGUCUCUUCAAUAUAUAGAGUACCUCUUCUUCUGGAAGAGCAGGGAGUUGUGGACUAUUUCCGCCAGCGGUUGGAUCUUCCCAUUGGACGCCAGCCUCGAAGGUUGCUCAUGAAAUGGAAAGAGAUGGCAGACAGAUAUGAACGGUUGUUGGAGUCCUGCAGUAUCGCUUUAGUAGGAAAGUAUACAAAAUUCUCGGAUUCCUAUGCUUCUGUAAUCAAGGCUCUGGAACAUUCUGCACUAGCUAUAAACCAUCGGCUGGAAAUCAAGUAUAUAGAUUCUGCAGAUUUAGAGCAAGAAACCCUUCAAGAAGAGCCUGUACGUUACCAUGAAGCGUGGCAGAAACUCUGCAGUUCAGAUGGCAUUUUGGUACCUGGAGGAUUUGGGGUACGAGGAACAGAAGGGAAGAUUCAAGCAAUAGCCUGGGCACGAAAACAGAAGAAGCCUUUUUUGGGGGUGUGUCUUGGAAUGCAGUUAGCUGUUGUUGAAUUUGCACGGGAUGUCCUGGGCUGGAAAGAUGCUAAUUCAACAGAAUUCAACCCUAAAACAAGUCAUCCUGUGGUAAUUGACAUGCCUGAACAUAACCCUGGUCAGAUGGGGGGAACCAUGAGGUUAGGCAAAAGAAGAACCAUCUUUCACUCCCAGAAUUCAAUCAUGAAGAAAUUAUAUGGAGGUCACGAGUAUGUAGAAGAGAGACACCGCCACAGAUAUGAGGUGAACCCAGAACUUCGAAGAGAACUGGAAGUUCGAGGGUUAAAGUUUGUAGGUCAGGAUACAGAAGGAGAAAGGAUGGAAAUUGUUGAGUUGGAGGAUCAUCCUUAUUUUGUUGGUGUUCAGUAUCAUCCUGAAUUUCUGUCACGUCCCAUCAAGCCCUCACCCCCAUAUUUUGGCUUGUUACUGGCUUCUGUGGGAAGACUUUCUCAGUACAUAGAAAGAGGAUGUCGGCUUUCACCUAGGGACACAUACAGCGACAGAAGUGAGAACAGUUCUCCUGAUGCAGAAAUAGCAGAGCUCAAGUUACCGAUGAUUGAUCACGAUUGAAUGGUUGACACUUAUUUGGAAGAACGGACUCCUGAAGGAAUAACAUCUAAUACUAUCCCAAGACCUUUUUCUGUUUAAAUGAUACAUUAUAUUUCCUUUUCUCUUGUUUUGUACCCUCUGUAAGGGUAUGUUUUCUUUUUAAUUUCUGGUUUUCCAGCAUUUAUCUUUCUUUGCUCAUCCAUCUUUAAGCAGCCAGUGUUACUGAGAUAAACUGUCCAGUGUCUUUCUACUUGAAGGUUGUUGAAAUGUAUUUUCUCUUCACUGACACUGACUAUUGGAAUGACAGAAUUCUGCCUCUAUAGCAGAUUUAUUUAUUUGGACUAUACCUAACCAUAUGUGAGGUCUGAUACUUAUGGAGGACUACCUGGCAGAUGUGUAUAUAUUUGGACGCAGGUUUGCUGAUCUACAAUUCUUUAGCUCAUGGACAAACUGCAGUCAGUCUGGAAAGGAUGUCUCAAAUGUGUCUGUAGGGCCUGUAUAUUAUAAAGAGUAAACCCCUUCAAUCACAUAACGAAAUAUUGAAUAUUAUGCCUAUUUAUAAUCUAUUAGUGCUGUGUAGCUGUUUUCUUUUCUCUUUUUUUCACUGUACUUCUGAUAAAACAAAGGGUAGCUGGAUGGCCUUUUGUUGAAGUAAAUUGCCAUGGGAAAGUGUUCUAGUAUAAAACUGUGACCUUUAUGUUUGGCCAAUUAUUUGGAUACCCAGAUUCUUGACCAAUGAUUGAAAAUUGUACACACAAGGACAUGUACAAAUAAGUAUACUGUACGUUACACAGCACAUCUAUGCAUGCUGGCAGUUGAUGGAUACAAAGGGUCUGAGCUUUUUUGGAGUACAUCACCUGGACUUGCAUGUAGUCCCGCAGUAAUUGGUGUAUCAGUAGAGCUGAGCAGCAGUGAGUAAAUAUGCAGCAUAAGAAAAUAAUUUAGUAAUGGAGCAAUGCAUUUUUAAUUUUCUUGGUGCAACUCCGUACCAAGAAAGUUUGCAGUUACUUCUAUGGCUAUUCAAAGACCAGUACUUGUCCAUGACAAAGCUGCCAGGCUUAUAGCAUUCUAUCCUCUGCCCUAUUUAACCAUAUGAUGACUAGUUUUGGUGAAAUCACCAAGGGAGGCUGGAGGUAAUUCCAAGAUUGUACAAUUUACCUACUUUCAAUCAUCUUAUUUCCCUUUUUAUAGAUUGCAGUGUUUUGACAUCCGCUGAUGUUUGUAGGAAUGUUUUCCAACCUGUAUCAUGAAGUUCACUAUUGAAAUUAACUUUUAGCAUCGUGUAAACAAUAGUAGCUUUUACCCAGCAGCUCUGUGAUAUACCUUCCAGACUAUUAUUGGUAACUCAGGUUCCACUGAAGUAGUGGUUUAAAUGUCAAAAGAGAACACGAGUAUGGCUGAGGGAUUGAAUAGAAAUGUAAAAAGAGAGGAAUAGAGGGUAUCUAUUGUCUAAAACACAAGGGACCUGGGAUUUCCAUAAAAUAAGUUUAUCUGUCUGAAAGUAUCUUCUAACAUUGCUUAAUACAGCAGUUGUGCAAUCAGUGUGGGUUUAUACUAGGCUAGUUAACAUCAGAGACAAGGCAUUAGAGUGGAACAGUGGAUCAGACAAGAAUGAACAAAUGAGUACAGUAUUGAUAUUAUACACUGUGAAGAAUGGCAUUGCCUAUCCUCAGAACAUCCUAAUUUCUAGAUGGUAAUCUUAUGUUUUUUUGUAGACAAAAUUAUAUAAAAUAUCGGUUAUAUUGCUCUGUGAGAAUUCCAGGUUAUAGAGAGGCAGAAUACAAGGGCAAAUUAAUUAAAAACAAAAAACGCAAUGGCUAUUGUAUUAAAAGCUAAAUCUUAGAUGAACUUCCCAUGUAUUGGCAAUUUGCUGUUUCACAGUAGUAUGUGUUUCUUCUAUGCUGUUUAGACGGACCAUGUCCUGUAGCAUUACUGGCUGUUUGGUCUUGCACAAGACAAAUCUUGUUUAUGGGCUGUAGUCAUUUGUAGUGACUAUUCUUUUAAAAUGAGCCAGUGGUCUGCUGCUUUUGUUUCCAGAUGUUAACUAACUGUAAUAGAAGCAUCCUGGAAUAUCGGAAAAUGAGAGAGCUCAGAAAUGUGAUUCCACUUUAUACAGCAAAUAACAAAACUUAUUAUUAUUGCCCUAUGCCAAGUGCAAUUCCUUAUAUAAUGGGGAUAUGUAAAGCCACAUUUGGCUAUUUAGAUGCAAUUUUUAAUAAUACAGUUUCCAGGGAACUCUCUAGUGAUUAAUUUGAUGUUGUAGUGAACAAAGGGAUGGCUCUGGAUUGGGAAUGCAUUAGUAUGUCAAUAGAUGGCUAUUUUUAAAAAAUGUAAUUCAUGUACCCAGAGACAUUGGAGACUAUUGUUAAUAUGUAGUCCUGAGUUCAUUUUCCACCAGUCAGACAGCUGGUGAAGGUUGAAACUCUAGUUACAUUGGCACACAAUCAUCUAAAGGUAAAUACACACAAAAGUGCAUGUUGGAAUGGGACAUCGGUUCAAAUUCCUGAGCAUAUAUGCCCUGUACUAUUUGCAACAUGGUAAACUUGUAAUAUCAUUAGAGCUAAAUUCUAGAACUUGGUAUCUGAGAAUUUGGGCAGAUUUUUACAGCAUAUAUUAUUUUGAUUACUACGGUGUCAUUAAUAAAGCUGCCUUUACCUUU